CCCGCUGGCCUCCGCUUUCCAGAAUCCAAGAUGGCGGGGAUCCAGGCGAAGGGGGUCCUCGGGCCGGACUUCGGUCGUUUUUCUGCGCCUUGCUGCUGUCGCUCUGUCGUUUCGUCGGGGGCGACGGCGUGGGAGGCGACCCCGCGGCUGCUGGCGCCGCGGGCACUCCAGCCGCGCAGCCACAUCGCCGUUUCGAGUACAAAUACAGCUUCAAGGGACCGCACCUGGUGCAGAGCGACGGGGCCGUGCCUUUCUGGGCCCACGCGGGGAAUGCUAUUCCAAGUUCAGAUCAGAUUCGAAUAGCACCAUCUUUAAAAAGCCAAAGAGGAUCAGUGUGGACAAAAACAACAGCAGCCUUUGAGAACUGGGAAGUUGAGGUGACAUUUCGAGUGACUGGGAGAGGUAGAAUUGGAGCUGAUGGCCUGGCAAUUUGGUAUACAGAAAAUCAAGGCUUGGAGGGUCCUGUGUUUGGAUCAGCUGAUAUGUGGAAUGGUGUUGGAGUAUUUUUUGAUUCUUUCGACAAUGAUGGAAAGAAAAAUAAUCCUGCAAUAAUAAUUAUAGGCAACAAUGGACGACUCCAUUAUGACCAUCAAAAUGAUGGUGCUAACCAGGCUUUAGCAAGUUGCCAGAGGGACUUUCGUAACAAACCCUAUCCUGUCCGGGCGAAGAUUACAUAUUACCAGAAAACACUGACCGUAAUGGUCAAUAAUGGCUUCACACCAGAUAAAAAUGAUUAUGAAUUUUGCGCCAAAGUGGAAAAUAUGAUCAUCCCUGCCCAGGGGCAUUUUGGAAUAUCUGCUGCAACUGGAGCUCUUGCAGAUGACCACGAUGUCCUUUCUUUUCUGACUUUCCAAUUGACUGAGCCUGGGAAAGAGCCACCUACACCGGAUAAAGAAAUUUCUGAAAAAGAAAAAGAAAAGUACCAGGAGGAAUUUGAGCAUUUUCAACAAGAAUUGGAUAAAAAAAAAGAAGAAUUCCAGAAGGACCACCCUGACCUUCAAGGGCACCCUACGGAUGAAAUAUUUGAGAGUGUAGGAGAUCGUGAGCUGAGACAGAUCUUUGAGGGACAGAAUCGUAUUCAUCUUGAAAUCAAGCAGCUGAACCGACAGUUAGAUAUGAUUCUUGACGAACAGAGAAGAUACGUCUCUUCCUUGACGGAGGAGAUCUCUAAAAGAGGAGCAGGAAUCCCAGGGCAGCAUGGACAGACCACUCAACAAGAACUGGAUGCUGUUGUGAACACUCAGCAUGAGAUUCUGAGACAAGUAAAUGAAGUGAAGAAUUCCAUGAGUGAAACUGUCAGACUGAUCAGUGGCAUACAGCAUCCUGGGUCUGCAGGGGGCGUUUACGAGACAACCCAGCACUUCAAUGACAUCAAAGAGCACCUUCACAUAGUAAAGCGGGACAUAGAUAACUUAGUGCAGCGAAAUAUGCCAUCAAAUGAAAGACCGAAAUGCCCAGAACUCCCACCCUUUCCAUCAUGUUUAUCUACGGUGCACUUCGUUAUAUUUGUAGCAGUACAAACGGUGUUAUUCGUUGGGUAUGUCAUGUAUAGGACUCAGCAAGAAGCAGCUGCCAAAAAAUUCUUUUGAUCACCAUUUUCAUAUGUGUACAUCAUGUAUGUAUGUACAAAAUGUCUUUUUGAGGGAAUUUAAGUAUUUAAAUUGCUUCAUAGUCUAAAUUAUUAAAUUUUGUAUAAAAUAACUUUAAACAUUGAGUUGUAGUAAGAAUGAACCUUAAAGACAACCACAUGUAAAUUUGUGCAUAGUACAUAAAUCAGUUAAUUUCUGGCCAGUAGAAUACAGCCACUGAACAGAAUAUUGAUAAAUCAGAGGGUAAAUAACAAAGUGGGGGGACCCCCCAUAUAUGAAAGUUACCCCCACGUCUCCCGAUUUUGGAGGUUUCUAGCUGUAGCAAACACCCUUGGCCUCCUGCCCUCCAAAAUGAGGUCUGAGAGCUACUCCCAUAUUUAUUCUAUAACUCAGGUCUUUUUAGAGGCCAGAAUUUCCUACUCUGAGACUCAGUGCUGCAGUCCUUGAGUCUAACACAACUCCCUUUGAAAUCAGACUGUUUUGUCUAAGAGUGUUAGGAUCUGAAUUAUAGGCAUCAGAAUGUUUAUUGAAGUAUUUUUUUCCCCUCUGAUUAUCAAUAGUAUAUUUCACUUUUAAAGGAAACUUGGGGGGAGAAUUAAGAGCUGCUCUUUACCUGAGAAACUGAUUAGGUGAGAACAUUCCUCUGAUAAUGGUUUUUAUGGGUAUUUUGCCUGGUAAUGUGUUCAUUUCAUGAUGGCUAAUAUUCCUGAGUGCAUUCCAAUAGUGUAUAUUCAAGAUUAUGAAAAUUACUCUGCAUGUAAAUGGGUAAAUUCAACUCAGAGUGCAUGCAUGUUCAGAGGAUAUUUUAAGGUCACAAAACUUACCACUGCAUUCUGAUCACGCACCCUGGUGCUUCUUCAUGGAAAUCAAGGCGACAGUAGUAGAGCAUUGUUAAAGUUUUUGAAGGCAAAAUCUGAAAAACAGCAUUAGUACUUCUGAUUUCUCUUUUCCUGCCAGAAAUAAGGAUAUUCUGAAGCACUUGGUAGUAAGCUUAACCUUGAAAUGUCAGGCUGGAAGGGGGUGUUACCGGCUGUGUACCUAGUUCUGGGUAUUAUAGAAACAAUCUGUAAAUGACAUUUUAAGAUGCAGACUUAAUUUUGUUUUCACAGCUGAUAUAGAUGUUGAAAUACUCUUACUUUACCUCUUUUAGCUGAAGUGGUUAUCUUUCACUUGUUACAGAAUCAAAAACACUUUUUCAUAAAUAGUACUAUUUAGUUCUUCAAAACCUUCAUAAAUUUGCUCCCAGGUGUGUCAUUUAGAUUGAAUUAAUUGCCUAAAAUGCCUAAAAUCCAUACAAAGACGCUGAAGAAUUCUGCAUUAUAGCAAUACCUAACUAGUACUGCAGAUGCAAACACUCCUACCACUUACCCUGGGACACAGAACAAGAAUAUUCUAGUGAUCACUCUCUGCUGCUUUGGCCACUUCAACAUAGAACGUGCUUCUACUAGUGUUUUUCCUUGUAGCAUUGACGUUUUGAAAUUCGUGUUUCAAAGAUCCUAUCACAGAAUUUACUCUUAUUUCAUGAAAAAAAAAUUAAUACCUUCAGAAGCAUGUUUCAUUUGUAGACUAUGAAACUUGGAAAUCCUUGAGAUAAAAGGCUCCAGAACAUCCAGUAUUACAAAGUCCGUGGUCACGUGUGCCUGAACCUGUCAAAGGAAUGCCAGGUCUAUGCAGUAUCCAUUUUCCAGGCUAAAAUUCAAGAGGAAUCGUUCAGUUCCUUCCUUGUAACAGUGGAGACAGCUAGGACGAAAGAACAUGAGUAUGAAUCUUGUUUGUUUCUUACUAAUUUGCUGAAAAUCACUCAAAUAGUUGAGGUUAUUAUUUGAAAUUUGGUCUGUUUUCUUCAAAAUCAUUGACUUUAAGUAGCUCAUUUCUGUAGAAAAGUGCUCUGUGAAAAAAAAUCACUGCCAAGAUUCUUUCAUUUCUAUACUGUUUUGUAUAAUUGAAUUUAACGUCUCUCACACCAGCAAGUAUUUUACAGGUGCCUUGGAUUAAAACAAAAUUAAUUUUAAAACUGUAGUGUCUUUGUGCUUAUGCCACUUUGAAAAGGUGAAAUUAUAUAAUGGCUAAUACUCUUAUUUAAUGUACCUAUUUGUGUUCUGUUUGACUAUUUUAUUCAGCUUGAAACUUUACUAUGAGGCCACAAUAUUUUGUUAUGUAUUAAAGGAAUAUCAGUGUUUCUCUAAGUGUGGUCUGUGGACCAUCUGUCCUGGAGUGCUUGUUAAGGAUGCAGGUUCCAGUGCUCCCUUCCAAACCACCUGAAUCCAAAUUCAGGGCGUGGGGACUUCAGAGUAUGUUUUCAACAGGCACCUUGAGGUAAUUUGAGCACGCUACUGUUUGAGAACCACUAAGAUGGGGGGUGAAAAGAACUAAGUCUUUUAUUGCUGUAAAGCUGAGCUGAGACCAUAAUGUAACAUUUUCAUUGUCAAUGACAUUAGCAAAUGUGCACUGAUUCUGCUAUACUUACACUCUACUACUUAAUUUUCUUUUGGUUCAUUAGCAACUACAAACUGAACUCUGAUUGCUGCCUGUAGCUCUUAGUACUUCGGUCGAUGGCUCUUAAACUUAAAGUCAUCGUCAGAUCUUAGACCAGCCAUGAAAACCCCCAUCUUCAAGUCUGCCUGCUAAAGCUUUUUGCUUCCCUGGUUGUGAUUUCUCUGACAUUUUAUCUCAGACAAUUGUACUUUUUGAUAACUUGGGGAAAACAAAAAUUACUUGAAUAAGGGAUUGCCUGACCCGCUGCAUUGCAUCUUUGUAAAGAACAUCGAUGACAGUUGUGAAUAUUAAGAUGUGAUUAUCUUUUCCUGCCCAUGUGCUUAUCACAGGGAUAGUGAACAAAUGAUUAUAUUGGGGAUUUUUUUAUUUAUAAGAUCUAAUGUAAAAUCACCACUUAACAACUUUUUAGAUCUGUAUGUUGCCUGUUUAAUAUAUUUCUUUUAAAGUUUAAAAAGGGUUUUCUAUCCACUGUUAAUUUCAAUUGGAUAACAUUUUGUCAAGUGUUUUUUUCCUGAUUGUUACUUGAUGCUAGCUGGAAUUCAAGAAGUGACAUUGACCUUAUUCAAAUAAAGAAAUAUUUUAGUAAGUU